AUGGAAAGUAAUGACAACUCGGAAACUCUUGGAGAGCAGUCUUUAAGUGUUGCAGUAUAUAAGCAGAACUCGGUUGAAAUUGUGCAUCCUCCAGUGGUUGGUCAAAUUUUUGGCAGUUGGGAAGAAUUAGAUCGUUUUGUGUCUCUCUAUGCAAAGUCCCAGAAUUUU